GCCAAAUUUAUUCCGGCAGUUCGACUUCGAGUGGCAAAUAGCUCAAUGUGAGUGAGGAGUCGUUAUAGAGGUUGCUGGAAGCGUCCUAUCUUCCCACACAGGAUGGACCUUGUUUCAGCGCCCAGCGGGGAGGAUUCCUCGUUGAAGGAUCCGGUGGUCCAGGUGGAAGCCGUUGAUAUGGCCUCCGCAGUAUCAAAGACCGGCACCGCAACGGAGAAUACAGCCGCUGCGAAGGAAGAAGUGACUCAGUCGGAGUAUGAGACCGAUAGCGACGGCUCAGGCGACGAGUGGGAGACUCAGUCUCUAUACGAAGACGCUAUCCAAGUCCUACGCGACGAUCAGCUCCGUGAGGGUGUACCGGAUGCCUGCACACUGGAAGAGGCCGUCGCCUAUCGGAAACGACUCCAUGAGGUUGGCAAGGCUGCAUUUGUUGAAGAAACGCUGGGUCAGGACAAAGUGACUGCGCGAAAGCUGUGUACUGCGUUCGGCAUCUUGCCCCCAGCCUUUCUAGACGAUGCGCCGGACGAGGCCUUUCAUCCUCUCCUGGCUAUCGCGAUUUCGCGCGAGUUCUCCAGGCGCCCGAAGCUCCCACAGUAUAAUACAAUUGAUGAUGCGGUCAACUUGCUCAAGGAGAGCAAGAAUAUCGUCGUCUUAACUGGCGCUGGUAUUUCUACGAGUCUCGGAAUACCCGAUUUCCGUUCAAAGGACACUGGUCUCUAUUCACAGUUGGCGCAUCUAGGCCUGAGCGAUCCUCAGGAGGUAUUUGACAUCCAGGUGUUUCGCGAGGAUCCUAGUAUCUUCUUCUCGAUCGCGAAGGACAUUCUUCCCACCGAGAAGAAGUUCUCGCCAACCCACGCCUUUAUCCGUGUUCUGCAGGAUAAGGGGAAGUUAUUGACCAACUACACUCAGAAUAUCGACAAUAUCGAGGCGAAUGCCGGUGUCCUCCCAGAGAACAUCGUGCAAUGCCACGGAUCGUUCGCCACGGCUACGUGUGUCAAAUGUCAGUACAAGGUCAAGGGUGAUGAGAUAUUCGAUGAGAUCAAGCAGGGAGUUAUCCCUCAGUGUGAGGCUUGCCGCAAGCGCAUCGCAGAAGAUUCGGGGAUCAAGAGGAAGCGGAGCAGCAACGGAGUCCACAAGAACCGCAAGGACAAUGAUGGGGACAGCACUGAUGACGACUACGAAAUCCCUACUCCUGGUGUCAUGAAGCCCGACAUUACAUUCUUUGGGGAAGAUCUUCCUGAUGAAUUUGGCCGCCGGUUACUGCACCAUGACCGUGACCAGGUAGACCUCGUUAUUGUCAUUGGGACUUCACUGAAGGUUGCCCCUGUAGCGGAGGUUCCGGGCGUGCUGCCUCGAACGGUUCCUCAGCUCUAUAUCUCGCGUACUCCUGUGUCGCAUACGGAAUUCGAUAUUGAUCUUCUCGGCGACUGCGACGUGGUGGUGUCUGAGCUCUGUCGUCGAGCUGGAUGGGAACUGAAGCAUGAGAUGAUUCCCGAAAAUGAGAAGGUUGAAGUGCUUCCAGUGGGGGGUUACGAGUCACGACAUGUGUUUAAGUAUCUCAUUCGCUUCGCCCAGGCCCAUGAGUCUUUUCGGCAGGCCGAGAUGCAGGCACUGGCUGACCUGGCGGGCGUGAAACUCGAAUUCAUACAUUAUGAUAAAAAUUCCCCAUUCUGCACAAUAAGACUACCCGAUGAAGCGGCAGCUCGUGCAGUGAUUACCCGAAGCAUUAUAGCCAAGGAUAUCUUCGAGCUCUGGGGCCAAGGCACCAACUUCGACGAAGUCUACGCCGACGUCCGCAGGCGGACGGAGGAUCGCUGGGCGCAGUACAGGGACUCGUCGUUCCGAUUCACCAUUGACAGCUUCGCCGGAAAGCGCAGCAGUGAGAAGAAGCGCGAGAUCAUCCAGUCAUUUUCCUUCCUGGGGUUCAAGGGCCCCAUUCGCAUGAAGAACCCGGACCAGGAUUUCUGGGUGUUUGAGGACUACGGAUUGGAUCUUAACUCGCCUGGUACGCCUCGUCCUGAGGGCCAAGAACCAAAGAUUAUUUACUUUGGACGCUGGAUUGCGAAUAGUAGUCGGGAUGUCGUCAAUAAAUAUGACCUCAAGAAGAGACGCUAUAUUAGCACUACCUCUAUGGAUGCGGAGUUGACCCUCAUUACGGCUAAUAUGGCUCAUGCCGCGCCUGGGAAGCUCUUCUAUGAUCCGUUUGUGGGUACGGGGAGCUUCUUGGUGGCUAUGUCGCAUUUCGGGGCUGAGACGUUCGGAUCGGAUAUCGAUGGACGCAGUUUCAGAGGUAAAGAGAUGAUGGAGAGGGGUGGGACGAUGGGAGUGUUGUCAAACUUCCAGCAGUAUGAUAUGGUCGGCAAAUUUAUGGAUGCUUUUACUUCCGACCUUACAAAUACGCCUUUGCGCUCGGCUCAAUUCUUGGAUGGCAUCAUUUGUGAUCCGCCUUAUGGUAUCCGCGAAGGACUCAGGGUUCUUGGGAGACGUGAGGGUCUCAGGAACGAAGAGGUCAUUAUCGAUGGAGUUCCUGCUCACUAUCGACCCGGAUAUAUUGCGCCUAAGAAACCCUACGGUUUCGAAGCCAUGCUCAACGAUAUCCUUAACUUUGCCGUCAGAAGUCUCGUUACGAAUGGACGUCUAGCCAUGUGGAUGCCAACGGCAAAUGAUGAGGAGGUUGAAUUAGCAGUUCCGAUGCACCCGAACCUGGAGGUAGUGAACGUAUCUGUCCAACCGUUCUACACCUGGUCUCGUCGACUCAUCACCUAUCGAAGACUGCCAGAAGGACAAGUCUCGGAUGUUUCCAAAGGCCGGCAAAAACUGGAUGCUCAGGGAAUGUACGCAGACGAAUUGAAUGAGUUCAGAAGAAAGACUCUCCCCCUCCUCAUCAUCCAAAUCCUCCCUCUGCCCACGCCCAAACAUCACAUAGCUCAAAUGAGCCUUUCCCUUCCCUUUCGCCGGCCGAUCAGGCGGCCUGGGAAUAACAUGAAAGUGAACGGCCGUCUGAAUUGCUCGGCUCGGUAA